AGCUGCUGGUGUUGUUGGCGGUGCCGGCGCCAUAUUGGAAGGGACGAGGCGGUGUUUUUUUUUCGAAACCACCCAACCCCCCCUCCCUUCUCCUCGAUCGUUGUAAGGACAACGGAGCCCCGCCGAGCGCGGGCCUCGCCGUCGCCAUGCUGUACCUGGAGGACUACCUCGAGAUGAUCGAACAACUUCCCAUGGAUCUCCGCGACAGGUUUACCGAGAUGCGCGAGAUGGACCUGCAGGUGCAGAAUGCAAUGGAUCAACUGGAGCAAAGAGUAAAUGAAUUUUUUAUGAAUGCAAAGAAAAACAAACCAGAAUGGAGAGAAGAACAAAUGACUUCAAUUAAAAAGGAUUAUUACAAAGCCCUGGAAGAUGCUGAUGAAAAAGUACAGUUGGCCAAUCAAAUUUAUGAUUUAGUAGAUCGUCAUUUAAGAAAAUUGGACCAGGAAUUAGCUAAAUUUAAAAUGGAACUUGAGGCAGAUAAUGCUGGGAUUACAGAAAUACUGGAAAGACGUUCUUUGGAACUGGAUACACCAUCACAACCACUGAAUAAUCAUCAUGCUCAUUCACACACUUCGGUAGAAAAAAGGAAGCAUAAUCCCUCAUCCCACCAUGCAACAGCAGACCACGUUCCUGAAAAGAAGUUUAAGUCUGAAGCCCUUCUAUCAACUCUCACUUCAGAUGCCUCCAAAGAAAAUGCAACAGGGUGUCGAAACAGUAAUUCAUCAUCCUCAUCCAACAGUGCAUAUAAUGCAAAUUCUUCUCAGCCAUUGGCAUCGUAUAACCUGGGCUCAUUAUCUUCAGGAGCUGGAGCUGGUGCUAUUACCAUGGCAGCAGCUCAGGCAGUGCAAGCUACGGCACAGAUGAAGGAAGGAAGGAGAACGUCUAGCCUAAAAGCAAGUUAUGAAGCCUUUAAGAACAACGACUUCCAACUUGGAAGAGAAUUUUCAUUAUCCAGAGACACAGCUGGCUAUUCGUCAUCUGCUUUGGCCUCUACAUUAUCACAGACAUUGAGUUCUUCAACUACAGAUUCUCGAAGUGGUCGAAAAAGCAAAAGCAAUAACAAAUCUUCAAGUCAGCAGUCCUCAUCAUCUUCCUCGUCUUCCUCUUUGUCGUCAUGUUCCUCAUCUUCUGCUCUAGCACAGGAACUUUCUCAGCAAACAGCAGUAAUACCCGAGUCCGAUACUAAUAACCAGGUUGAUUGGACGUACGAUCCUAAUGAGCCACGCUACUGCAUUUGUAAUCAGGUUUCCUAUGGUGAAAUGGUGGGCUGUGAUAAUCAAGAUUGUCCUAUUGAGUGGUUCCAUUAUGGCUGUGUUGGACUGACAGAGGCACCCAAGGGGAAAUGGUACUGUCCACAAUGUACAGCUGCGAUGAAGAGGAGAGGCAAUAGGCAUAAAUAAAUGUCCUGCCACGUCAGUGGAAAAUAUUGUGCUACUGGGGUCGGGGUUGGGGGGUGGGGUUGGAACACUUCUUUGCAAACGGUCAAAGAAGGAUCAAUUUAGCUGUCAUAAAAUGUUGACUUAAUUUUGCUAGUUGUGUUUUAAUAUUGUAUCUAAAUUAUUUAUGCACUACUGUUGUGCUAUAAAUACUUUUCCAGUUAGCCACGGAUUGUUCCAGUGGCAAACAUAUGCAGACAUUUGUACUCUCCAGCCAUUUUCUCUAAGCAGUGGGCAUUCUACAAACAUUCAGUCUUCAAACAAAUUCCAGCCAACGAAGGUUUUGAAGGAUUUUAUAAUUUAGCUGGCAUUCUGCUGCAUGUUCUGUACACAAAAACUGUGAUGUGAUAUUUUGUGUAUAUACGGUGGUGCAGAAAGUCAGAAUGUUAAGAGAAGGGAUUUUUCCAAAUGCCUUUAUAGCUUUGUUUCUUGUUGAAACUUAAAUUCAGCAGGCUGAAGAAAAUGGUUCUUGUAUACACUGGGCUGGUGUCCUUUAGAGUACUUAUUACAGAACAAACAAAAAACAGACUCCUGUACACUUUAAACAAAAAAACAAAACCCACUAGUGUUUAUAUGUUUUG